AUGAGAGGCAACGGGACAAAGUCUCUGACCAUUGUCAUCAAGCUUGGAACAAGCUCCAUUGUCGAUGAGAGGACUCACGAACCACUUCUUCCGAUUCUGACUCUCAUUGUUGAUACGGCCGUGAAGCUUCGCAAAGAUGGUCACAGGGUGGUCAUUGUUUCGUCCGGCGCCAUCGGUGUCGGUCUCCGGCGUAUGGACGUGGAGAAGCGACCUAAGCAUCUCGCGCAGCUACAGGCUCUUGCAGCGAUCGGCCAAUGCCGCCUCAUGAGUCUCUGGGAUAGCCUGUUCACCCACCUCAGGCAGCCAAUUGCUCAGAUCCUCCUUACACGAAACGACAUUGCAGACCGAACGAGAUACUUCAACGCCCAAAACACCUUCCAUGCCCUUUUGGAACAAGGUGUAAUUCCCAUUGUUAACGAAAACGACACUCUCGCCGUUUCCGAAAUCAAGUUUGGCGACAAUGAUACUCUCUCUGCUAUCACUGCCGCUAUGAUACACGCUGAUAUGCUGUUCUUGAUGACGGAUGUUGAUUGUCUCUAUGACAAGAACCCCAGAACCAACCCAGAUGCUAAGCCUAUCGAGGUGGUCGAAGACAUCGCUGCACUACAGGCUGACGUAUCCAGUGCUGGUUCGUCCCUUGGAACGGGAGGCAUGAGCACCAAGAUUAUUGCUGCUAGGCUGGGCACUUCAGCUGGAGUCACAACUGUCAUUACGAGGUCUUCUAACCCGGGAAACGUGCUCAACAUUGUGCAGUAUCUACAGUCAAUACAAAAAGGGAGCACUCCCCCCAGUCCAGACGAGCGUGCUGAAGGCUUGUCACGAUCGGCAUCGGCUCUGACGCUCUCCAGCUUAAAUGGCGCCCCCUGGCCCCCCUUACACACUCGCUUCAUUCCCGCCAACGAUCCCAUCAGGGACCGUCACUUUUGGCUGCUUCACACUCCUCACCCUCACGGCACCCUCUACAUCGACUCAGGCGCUUAUAAGGCUCUCGUUGGCAAGGCGGGUCUGCUUCCAGUUGGCGUCAUUGAUGUCGAGGGUAAUUUUGCCCAACAGGAGGUGGUGCGUCUCGUAGCAGUCAAGCGGCGAUCAACCCCUGGGCCUGAUGGCAAAAUGUGGGAGGGCACUCCUGAAGAAGUCGGCCGAGCUCUGGUCAACUAUGCCGCCGCUGAGAUCGCGCGAAUCAAGGGCAAGCAGAGCGUCGAGAUUGAGAAGAUUCUUGGCUAUGCUGAUAGUGAGUAUGUCGCUCACCGACAGCAUGUCGGUUUCUUUAAGAGGGACAGCAGGCCAGUGAGUCCAGCUCGAGAGAUGAACGGUGCGGUAAUGGAAUAG